AGUAGAGUUGGGAGGUGACGACGCUGUCUUGCUGUGUCUCGGGUGGAGGGGAACUUCACGGCGGCUCCGGGUGUGGCUUUAAAUGUGAUAAAUCUGAACACGGGGAAGGAACGCGUGAACAGCACCACGGAGUAAAACUACACGGAGACGGGCCUGCCACUCAGGAAAGCACACAGUCUGAUAGAAAAGUGGGAACAUUUACGUGUGCUCAGUAGUUGGAGAAUCCGUCCGCUCGGUUUUUAACAGCUGGAAUACUUUUUUGGGUUUUUUUUUGUUUUGUUUUUUUGCUGAACUUCGUGGCGCGUUUUGGUGCGUUUUUGCGUGCGCUCAUGGUCUGCUGUAGGAACUACCCAGUCUGUUAAAACUCAUCCGUCCUUAAGAAAAACAAACAAAAAGUUACUGUGGGGUUUUUUCCUUGAUCCUGUUAUUUAAGAAAGCACUGAUGCGGUCUCACUAAUUCAACAACCGACUGGUGUUUGGGAAUUUUCUGCGCCAGUUCUAUCCAAGUUUGCGACGCGCAGAAGGAAAACACUUUUUAUGGUUUUCAUUUCCACUCGUGGAUGAUCGGAUUCCGUCACGUUUGUCACCGGUCAUCAAAAAGGGAAGUCGCCUUAUUUAACUCAAACCCUUGUUGUUAAAUAAGGGUUUUUCGCGCACAGCUGAUUAUUUUUUCUCAGGUGGUAUUUUUCACUUCAACAGCAGACCUGAAGCGCGCACUGGGAACCAUGGGUUGUACAGUUAGUCAGGAAGAUAAAGCCGCGGCCGAGAGGUCUAAAAUGAUUGACAAAAACCUGAGAGAAGAUGGAGAGAAGGCGGCGAGGGAAGUGAAACUGCUGCUGCUGGGUGCUGGAGAGUCAGGGAAGAGCACCAUUGUGAAGCAGAUGAAGAUUAUCCAUGAGGAUGGAUAUUCAGAAGAUGAGUGUAAGCAGUACAGAGCAGUUGUCUACAGCAACACAAUCCAGUCCAUUGUGACCAUCAUCAAAGCCAUGGCCAAUCUCAAGAUUGAUUAUGAGGAAGCUGCCAGAGCGGAUGAUGCCCGCCAACUGUUUUCCCUGUCAGGAUCAGCAGAGGAGCAGGGCAUCAUGCCAGAGGACCUGGCCAACGUCAUCCAACGACUUUGGACUGAUGGCGGCGUCCAGAGCUGCUUCACACGGGCCAGGGAGUACCAGGUCAACGACUCUGCAGCCUACUACUUGAAUGACUUGGAGAGGAUAGCCAAGCCAGAUUACAUCCCCACACAGCAAGACGUGCUGCGGACUCGAGUUAAGACCACCGGCAUUGUGGAGACACAUUUCACCUUCAAGGACCUGCACUUCAAGAUGUUUGAUGUCGGUGGCCAGCGGUCAGAAAGAAAGAAGUGGAUCCACUGCUUUGAGGGAGUCACAGCCAUCAUUUUCUGCGUAGCCAUGAGCGCCUACGACCUGGUCCUAGCAGAGGAUGAGGAGAUGAACCGGAUGCAUGAGAGCAUGAAGCUGUUCGACUCCAUCUGCAACAACAAGUGGUUCACAGAGACGUCCAUCAUCCUGUUCCUCAAUAAGAAGGACCUGUUUGAGGAGAAGAUCACCCACAGCCCUCUGACCAUCUGUUUCCCAGAGUACACUGGUCCUAACAGGUACGAGGAGGCCCAGGCUUACAUCCAGACCAAAUUUGAGGACCUGAACAAGAAGAAAGACACCAAGGAAAUCUACACCCACUUCACCUGCGCCACCGACACCAAGAACGUGCAGUUUGUGUUCGACGCCGUCACUGACGUCAUCAUCAAGAACAACCUGAAGGACUGUGGCCUCUUCUAAACUAACAAGUCUAAGACGGAGUCAAGAUUACUUGAACAGUUCUGUUGCCCAUAGCGAUGGGGGGAAAUACACACAUCAUGAAUGACUGCACUGGCCAACCACAAUCUCUGCUUCUGAUCUGCUUUUUAUAAAGACACCUAAGAGACUGAAAACCUGACGAGCCUUGCAGAAUUUCAACGAUUGCUGAUCCAGUGGCUCGUAAUGUUAACUCUUUGGGCUAUGACCACAAAUCAACAUUUAUUAUUGUAUUUUUGUUCUUUUUUUUUUUUUUCUUUAUUUUUAAUUACUAGAGGAAGCAAAGGAAACCUUUUUUUUUUUAUAAUAAAUGCAUUCAUUUUACUUUAGAAAAUCUGAUGUGCAAAUUAUUAAACUUUUAAUCACAUAAAGCUUAUUUUUUAAGAGAAGAAGCACAGGCAUGGACAUCAUAUGAUUGAUAAAGGAAAGUGCUUUUUUUUAUAAUGUUUACAUAAGUUCACCAUUCAUAGCCAAACCGUAUAUCGUUCUGCAUGACUCAUGUUGGCAAAAUAUUAGCUCUGUAAUCUCUGCACAAUUUACCUAACAUUCCUACAAAAAUAAAAAAAAAAGAAAUAAAAAGGUAAAACGACAAAAAAAGCUUCACAUGCAGGGGGAAAUAAUGGCAAAAGUCUAACUGAUAUUUAAAGUAUGUGUGUACCUAACAUUCUUUCACUUUUUAUAGUACCAUUUCCAUGUCUGUUGCAGUAUGUUUGUGCCUUGACUUCUGUUUACAACCAUUUCCUAGAUAUGCUUUCUGUACUGUUUGACCUACUGUGCGCCUAUAUUUUUUUUUCCAUUUUCUGGCUAGCACCUAUGAAUAUAUAGUGAUUAUUAAUGAGAGACGAAAAUCUAAUUCUGAAAAAGGUUAGUGUUUUUGGUAAAUAUUAAAAUGCUUUAAAGUCCUAUAUGAUUUAAUUUAAAUAAAAGUAGAGAUCACCUGAUUCUUGCA